GUCAAGACGCGGCUCGGGGAAGGUUCCUUGACCCGCGCGGAGAAGGCGAUCGAGAAGACCCGACGGAUUUUGCAACUACCGAAGAAAUUUUUACCUUGCUGACUCGAGGACCCCGGGCGUCGACAGAAUGCGAGGCGGCCAUCCAGACCAGACCGUCUCCUUCGGGAGGAAAAGAGGAUGCUACAUGACUCGCUGCGGAUCGGUGCUCCUUGCGACGCUCUUCGUGGGCGGCCUGGUGGCCACGGGCGUGCUCGUCUUCCGAUACGGCCAGGACCUCAGGCACUUCUUCGGGGAUACGUCCAUUGAGAGUGACGUUGAGAUAAUUUCAAGCAGUCGUCGAGGCAAGUCCUUGGAGAAAAUAGUAGCUCCUUCCGGCAGCACAUUACACACGAAGAAAGAGUUAUCAGAAAUAGAACACAACGAACUGCGACCACUACCAGCCGAGACGCAUACCACAACCACGACAACAAUGAGUCCUACUACGACUACGACUACUACAACAACAACUGCUCCAACUACGACCACAGAAGCCCCAGCAAAAGAGAAAUUGCUCGCUCGACUCCCGCGGGCUCUAAACCCUCUGCACUACCUGGUCAAACUUCAGCCUUUAAUCAACGGCAACUUCAGCAUCCUCGGCUACGUGGAGGUGGAGAUGGAGGUGCUGGAACCGACCUCCAACAUCACACUCCACAUGGCCGACAUCAUUACCAAAAACGAAACCAUUACGCUGAAGCCGUCGGGAGAGUUAGCUGGUCCUGGCGUAGGAAUCAAAAUGCACCAGUACGACCCCGAGCGCCAGUUCUACAUCGCCCACCUGGAGAAGCAGCUGGAAAAGGGCGAGACGUACGUGCUGUCAAUGGGCUUCCUCGGGUACCUCAACGACCAGCUGCACGGGUUCUACAGGUCGACCUACAGGGACGACGAUGGAACGAACAAACUCCUGGCGGUGACGCAGUUCCAGGCCAGCGACGCCCGCCGCGCCUUCCCGUGCUUUGACGAGCCCGGAUUCAAGGCCACCUUUGAAGUGUUCCUGGCGCGGGAGGAGAACAUGGUCACUAUCUCCAACAUGCCUCUGGCGGAGACACUGCCUCUAAUCGGUCAGGAGGGCUGGGUGUGGGACCGCUACGAGAGGAGCGUCCCCAUGUCCACCUACCUCGUCGCCUUCGUCGUCUCGGAUUUCGUGAACUGGAACUCCACCGUCAUCGAUCAUGUGCUCUUUAGGGUGUGGGCGCGCGAGAGGGCCAUCGAGCAAGCAGAAUACGCCAGGGACAUCGGGCCGAGGAUCCUGCGCCACUUCGAGAACUACUUCAACCUGUCGUUCCCGCUCCCGAAGAUGGACAUGAUCGCUCUGCCCGACUUCGCUCCCGGCGCCAUGGAGAACUGGGGCCUUGUCACGUAUAGAGAGACCCUCAUGCUCUACGAUCCAGCUGCCUCAUCGGCCUUUAACAAACAGCUGGUUGCACAGGUAGUGGGGCACGAGAUCGCCCAUCAGUGGUUCGGAAACCUCGUGACGCCGAAGUGGUGGACGGACAUCUGGCUCAACGAGGGCUUCGCCUCCUACGUCGAGUACAUCGGUGUGGAUCAUGUCGAGCCAGAGUGGAAAGUUCUGGAACAAUUUGUAGUGAGGAGAAUUCAUGACGUGUUUACAGUUGACAGUUUGGAAUCGUCCCAUCCGAUCAGACACAACGCUCUUAAUGCUGAUAGAAUAGCAUAUGAUAAAGGUUCAUCCAUCAUCCGAAUGAUGAGCAAUUUCCUAAAUGAAAAUACCUUCCGCAGAGGACUUAAUAAAUACCUCCAAAGCCUAACGUAUGACAACGCAGAGAGUGACGACCUCUGGAGACACCUGACGGUAGCCGCUCACGAGGACGGCACUCUGCCCCAGGACGUCACCGUCAAGAUGAUCAUGGACACCUGGACGCUGCAGAAGGGAUACCCCGUCAUCAAGGUGGAGAGGAGCGCCGACGGCACAUCUGCCACCGUCUCUCAGGAACGCUUUUUGUUAGUAAGAGAUGAAAACUCCAGCGACACCCAUGACUACAAGUGGUGGGUUCCCCUGACGUACACGACCCAGAGCGAGGCCAACUUCAACCAGACUCAGGCCAUGGUGUGGAUGAAGGACGCCGAGGACCAGAUCAGCCUCUCAUCCCUCCCCCCGAAGGACCAGUGGGUUAUCUUCAACCUGCAGGAAACGGGCUACUACAGAGUCAACUACGACGACCACAACUGGGGCCUCCUCAUCCAGCAGCUGAAAACAGAUCACCAAGUUAUCAAUCCUAUCAACCGAGCCCAGAUCAUUGACGAUGCCAUGGACCUCGCUCGUGCAGAUCAGCUUCCUUACGAGACAGCUCUGGGAAUAUUGACGUACUUGGAGGCUGAGUCUGAUUACAUUCCCUGGUGGGCAGCUCUGAAUAAUGUGGUCUACCUCAAGGACAUGUUAGCGCGCACGGGAGGCUACGGCGCUCUCAAGAAUUAUCUGUUAGACAUCCUAAUACCGCUGUACGAGUCGGUAGGAUUCGAGGAGAAUCCUGAUGACGGUCUUCUGGAUCGGUAUAAGCGAGCGAAGGCAGUGGUGUGGGCGUGCGCGCUCGGUCACCAGCACUGCUUAGACAGCGCGUCUGCUCUCUACCACGCCUGGAUGGCUAAUCCGGAUAAUCUUACUCUCAUUUCACCGAACCUCAAGUCAACGGUGUACUGCUACGCCAUCGCCGAGGGCGGGGAGGCCGAGUGGGACUUCGCGUGGCAUCAGUACCUCAAGUCCAAUGUUGGUUCUGAGAAGGAAAAACUUCUGUCUGCCUUAGGCUGCAGCAAGGAAAUGUGGCUCCUGUCGAGGUACCUCGACAUGGCCUUCACAGACGGCAGUGGAAUCAGGAAGCAGGACAGCUCCAGGGUCUUUGGUGCUAUUGCCAGCAACGAAGUAGGCCUGCCUCUUGCCUGGGCGUACCUGCAAGAUAAUUUCGACAAAAUCUUUAGCUUCUUUGAUAAGAUAAUGGUUCGUCUCAUCCGCUCCACCACACAAAAGGUUAAUACACGACAGGAACUCAUGGAGUUGACAGCGCUGCAGACGCGUCACGCCAAGCAACUAGAGCCAGUUGCUCUUGAAGUUGAACAAAUAGUAGAGGGCGUUCAGAACAACAUUGCCUGGCUGGAAGCGAACUACAACACUAUAAUAAUGUGGCUGGAAAAGAUCGGUUACAGUACCAAGCUCAGGACCAUCUGAAUGACUGCGUGAAUGUUGUGCCUAAGAUUACAAGUAUUAUAAUGUUACAAGUAUUAUAAUGUUAUAGAAGUAUUAUUACGGAAAAUAAAUCACUUCUUAUGGGAGUGUAAAAGUAUUAUAUGCAGGUGUGGCCUGGAUGGGUCAGUGCCGGUGUUCGUACAAACAAGUUCAACAAAUUCAACCAUUUUGUAUAUUUUGUAUUAUA